CAUUAACCGGUUAAGCCCAGAGAGUGAAAUGCUUAGGAGGAGGAGACUGCGUUUAGCCCCUCCCCCUCUCGCUUUUUAGCCUAUGACGUAUGAAGAGGACUAUAGCAACAGUUGCCUCGAGACCCCCGCUCGCCAUAGUGACUGUAGUCGUGGAGACAGUUACUUACCAACGGGAGCAACACUCAGCAACAGCAGCAGCAGCAGCAACUGGAGGAGAGAGAGAGGGAAACGAGCAGUAAAGCCAGAGCAGAUCUAAGCAGAAGCCUGAGGUGAAGUGCUAGAUGCAGAAUUAUCCGGCUGAUCGCCCAAACACAUCCCUGUUUUACACCAGAUAUCUGCUUGGAGUUUUGAUGUCUCUUCUUUCUCUUCAACACCACUGAGAAGCAUCAAUACUACGAGAGCAGAAACAUGCAGCGCUCAGAGGGUGGCUCAGAGACGGCGACCACUGUGGCGAUGAGGACACCCACUUCAGCCCAGGCACCUGUGGUUCAGCCCGUUCCCCCUUCACAACAGCGUGUGUUAGUUCAGACCGCUGGUUCUGCCCAGAAGGGGACUCAGGCGCAACAGCUACCCGUGCCUAGAGUUCAACAGGUCCCUCAGCAGGUUCAACAGGUCCAACAUGUGUAUCAGUCCCAGGUGCAGUAUGUAGAAGGUGGAGAGGCGGUCUACCCCAAUGGCACAAUUCGUGCUGCAUACUCGUACAACCCAGAGUCCCAGCUGUACGGACAGGGUAGCGGAAACACCUAUUUCGACUCCCAAGCGGGUGGUACCCAGGUCACCACUGUCGUCUCGUCUGCCAGUGGAGUGCCUGCCCACAGCAUGGUGGGCAUCUCUAUGGAUGGCAGUCAGAUCAUUUCCAGCGGCAGUGCCUAUUUGAUCCACGGUGGAAUGGAGAGCGGCCGGCACCACUCAUCUCACUCGGCCCGCUCAUCAUCUGCAAUGCUUGAAAUGGCGAUUGAAAACCUCCAAAAGUCAGAAGGGAUCGCCACUCACAAAAGCAGCCUGCUCAACAGCCAUCUGCAGUGGUUACUGGAUAAUUAUGAGACUGCUGAGGGUGUGAGUCUGCCGCGGAGCUCUUUGUACAACCACUACCUAAGACACUGUCAGGAGCAAAAACUGGAUCCGGUCAACGCAGCCUCGUUCGGCAAACUCAUCCGCUCCGUCUUCAUGGGCCUUCGCACACGGCGGCUUGGCACCAGGGGGAACUCAAAAUACCAUUAUUAUGGCAUUCGUCUGAAGCCUGACUCUCCUCUCAACCGCCUGCAGGAGGAUACACAGUAUAUGGCAAUGAGACAACAACCUGUCCAUCAAAAACAAAGGUUUAAGCCCUUGCACAAAAUGGAAGGGAUGGGAGACAGUUUGAACAGCAGCUCCCAGCAUUUCUCCAGCACCCCUGAGCAAAGCGUGGCCGCCCAGAGCCAGCAUCACCAGCAGUACAUUGAUGUGUCCCACGCCUUGCCACCUUUCCCCUCUCCUGAUCUCGGCUCAUGUCCUCUGCCCGAGCCAAUCAGCUUAAACGAUGUGAAGAAACUACAGAGCAACUACAGAAUCCACUGUGAGGCAACUCUAGAUGUAGUGAUGAACUUGCAGUUCCAUCUCAUAGAGAAGCUAUGGCAGACGUUUUGGUAUUCAACAGCGCCAUCUAGUGACGGAGCCACUACCAUUCCUAACAGCGAAGAGGAUGUGGAGGAUAUCCGAGGUUUCCCCAGAGAGAAGCUGAUCGCUCUGUGUAAAUAUGAACCAAUCAAAGAGUGGAUGAGAAGCUGUGAUCACAUCCUAUACCAGGCACUGGUGGAGAUCCUCAUCCCUGAUGUUCUACGGCCUGUUCCCAGCACCCUCACACAAGCUAUCAGAAACUUUGCGAAAAGUCUGGAGAGUUGGUUAACCUCAGCCAUGAGUGACUUCCCACAGGAGAUUGUUCGCACUAAGGCUGCAGUGGUGAGUGCGUUUGCGCAGACCCUGCGCAGGUACACCUCUCUGAAUCACCUGGCGCAGGCGGCCCGAGCAGUACUGCAGAAUACCUCCCAGAUCAACCAGAUGCUCAGCGACCUCAACAGAGUGGAUUUUGCCAACGUUCAGGAGCAGGCAUCCUGGGUGUGUCAGUGUGAUGAAAGCGUCGUCCAGCGUUUGGAGCAGGAUUUUAAGGUGACCCUGCAGCAGCAGAGCUCUCUGGAUCAGUGGGCCGCCUGGCUGGAUAACGUUGUCAACCAGGUGCUGAAACCUUACGAGGGCAGUCCCACCUUCCCCCGCGCCGCCCGCCAGUUUCUCCUCAAGUGGUCUUUCUACAGCUCCAUGGUGAUCAGAGAUCUGACUCUGCGCUCGGCCGCCAGCUUCGGCUCCUUCCAUCUCAUCCGUCUGCUCUAUGAUGAAUACAUGUUCUAUUUGGUAGAGCACCGUGUCGCCCAGGCAACCGGAGAGACGCCCAUCGCUGUCAUGGGGGAGUUCAGUGACUUCAGCACAAUGAUGCCACCAGUCAUGGAGAAAGACUCCUCAUUCUCAGACGAUAUGGGCAGUGAUGGAGAUAUGUCGAGGAGCAUAAACGAGCCGGCGGUGAAGAGAGAGAGAAUCGAGAUAAAUCACUCCCUACAGGAGAUCUAACAGCCUCAUCCCAGAACACGACAGCCCACAGCUGCCCGCUACUCUGUGUGUGCGUGUUUAGCAGUAAAUGUAGGGAUGGCGGUGGUCAAGCUAACACUAAGUGGUUUUUGUUUAUCUUGAGGGAACGUAGAUUUGUGUAGGGUCGGUUUGUCUCUCUCUCUUUCUCUCCCUAGAUAGCAGAUGACUCCGGGCCAGAUCUGCACCGAAGCCGGCAGCUCCAGUGUGGAUCCGGCCCGGAGUUGUCUGCCUUCUGGGUCCUUUAGGUUUUCUGCGACUGUGAAUUAAGAACGUGCUAGUUUUGUGACGUGCCAUAGUCUUCAUUCAGUGCCUUAGAAACUCUAGAACAGAACUAUCUCUCUUUCCUUCGGACUCUGUCUCGUCCUGUCGUUUUCUCGGCCGUGCCUCUAACCGCAGAAUGAAUGUAUCGUCUCAGAACCUCAGAUGUCUGAAGCACCUUUUAAAGAUAGUCACAUUUUCAGUCGUGCCCGUUACUUGCGGUUCCUCAGGCUGCACCCCCAAAUCCGCCCAAACCUGCUUAAACAGCAGGGUUGCACAUGCAAAUGCCUUUCCAUGAAAUGAAGGGUGGACACUUAUUUCUUGCAGUUUUGUAGAUAAACGCCCUGGCCAUAUGAGAUGACUAGUCUAUACCUCAACAGUUUAUAUUCCUCAGUGUCUAAUUGUAAUGUUUUGUUCACUUUAAGUCACUAUAACAGAGAUUAUUCGAUCAGUUUGUGCUGAUUGGUUGCCCUAAAAGCAUCCUAAUGUCGCUUGAAAGUUCCAGGAUGCACAUACAUGUAUGUGUUAAUGGUUAUAUUACCCAGGUAGAGCCUUUUCCUAGUUUUAGGAAACCAAGUAGGGCAGUUCUCACCAAAUAUGAUUUGUAACACUUUGGUGUAGUUUUCUAGCUAUACUGUAUAAGAAAUAUUAGUUGUUUGCAGUGGUUAUAAAGAGCCUAAAUGAUUGUGAAUAUAUUGAAAGUACCUGUGUGUGUGUGUGCACGUGUGUACACAAGGCCUUCUGAAGUAACUGGAAGUGAGUGUGUGUGUGUGUGUGUAAACCAGUUUAUGUGAAUAGUUUUUGUGUUAUUUUUAUUAAUUGAACAUACUGUAUACCUGAGCUUUUUACAUAGCCCAUACGGUUGUUUUUUUAUUAUAAAGAUUAAAAACUUCCUUUGCAUAACAGAUUGAAGUUGUGUAUGUGUAAUAGCAAAAAAGUUGUUUUUAUUGGUAACGCGUUUUAACUCUGUAACCUGUCAAAUGUCUAAGCUUUUUCUAGGAGGUUUAAAAACCCAAAAUAGAAAAAUCCAGUAAAAUAAUAUGCAGAUAUCUACAGAAACGCCUCAUCAACUGGUGCUGUACAUCUGAUGUAAGAUCUAUCGAUCGUUUUAAUGCUUAAAAUAAAAUAAAACUGUUGAUGUGCCCAACUGACUGAUGUAAAGCUGGAAAUAUUUUCAAAAGAUGUCGUUUUCACAAUGUUGUGCUGAACCCAUGUGGGAUCUUAACUGGUGCCUGGUAGCGGCCCAUAACGGGCACCCUACACACCCCUCUGUGCUAUAUACAAAGAGUAAUUUCAUUUUUAGUCGUCGUUUUGUGUUUCUGAGAAGUGAUUGGCUGAUGUUCUCUCACUGUGGUUGGUCGUGAGUGUCAGGCUUUGUAUUUCUAACGCCUGUCACGUUUGUUGCCUUUGUGUGCUUUUGGGAUGGGAACUUUCUUGUUUCGAUUUUUCUUUUGUAUUGCUGUUUUAAAGCUUCUGGCUAAGGAAUAUUUUUUAUGGAGGUAGAUGCAAUUCUUCUCACUACUAUAUUCAUACCUUAUUUUUGUGUCCUUUAUUUAGCCUCAACCGCUUAGUUGGACUGUAUUUUGUACUGGUUAAAAGUGUAAUAAAUUUGUGUAAACCA